GAAAGCUUUUUCCCAAUCAGUCUCGGAGGAGUCCCUACUAGCAGUACAGAACGCAGCUCAGUGCCCAUCCAGAUCCUGUGGAUUGUCGGUGCGUGUGUAUGUGUUUGUACGUUUGAGCCUUUGUGUAUAGAAGAGAAACGCUGGACCAGAACUGUGGGCAGCGGGGUGGGCCUACUGGACGCAACAGUGGAAGACCGCGCCGGAGCCGAGUGUAGUUUGGCGCAAUAAAAACAACAGUUGGCCGGGAGCGAACCACCUUCUAACCUCGUCCUCCUGCUCCUGCACUGCUCAUCGUCGCGCUGGGAAUUCGGUUCUCGCAAGUGCUUCGGAAGUCAUUCUCAGUAGUAGCAGUGCUGGCAGCCGGUUUGGUUCGGGUUGGUUUUUUACUUCUCCGGAGUCCUCUCGAGAAGCCUUAAGCGGUGUGUGUGGUUUGGAAGUUAAGUGAUUCGCAGCAGCGUGGAACCGGAUCUGACCAUGACGGUCUUCAAAGCCAGUGGCCACGGUCAAAGCUUUUGACCUUUGACACGAAGCAGAACCAAGGAAGCAAGUGCCACACAAACACACACAGAGUGUUGUUUGUUACAUGGUGAAAAUUGAAUUAUAAUGCCAUUCACGGUUCAUGGGCCACCAUCAUAGGCAAGGACGCCCCAUUCGCAGCGAAUUUCUAGUCUGAACCAAAAGGAAAAUAAAAAGAAUCCAAAGUGUCGUGAAGAAGCAAAUUCCCCCUCCCCCGGAGGAAGCACGUUUCUGUCAAAGUUGUCUCGUACGUUUUUCGAUUUUUUCGUUCAGCCGUCGUAAGCUGAUGGUUGGUGGGGCUAGGUGGAGACCAAAAUCGGUAAAUCCGCCGGAGGUGGAGAGAGUGUAGAAAAAAAAACAAAAGAUUUUCCAAACGACCACAUCGGAAGAGGAGAAUGCCCGUUGGGAAAACGCGACCAUCGGGCUAAGCGAGUGUCAAGUGAAGUGCUUUGGAAGGCGAUAAAGCAACAGAGAAAAAAAAAAAAGAAGAACCCAAGUGGGAAAACAAAAGAAAAAGCUUGGUGCUGGAAAUCACAGAAAAUCACGCGGUUUGAUAGGAUAACGUUCGGAAGUGGUCGGUAUCCUUGGGUGGUAGGUGCAAAUAAUACUCGGUGGAAUUUGACGCGGAAGUGGUGCAGUUGAAUAAGAAGAAAAAAUGAAAGCGCUCCGGGCCGGAGGCGGACUUUGCCAGCUGAUCUUCCUGGUGAACGUGCUGGUCGUCUGCUGGGCGGAGUUUUCAACCACUGAUGGCGACUCCAAGACGAGCUCCGUGGAGAAGAGGCACAAUGGCAGCAAGCAAUCGAAACAUCGACGCCAUCGACGGGAAAAUGGCGACGGCGAAAGUCCCACCGGAGGAGGCGGCGGCGACGACGGUGAAUUGGAAAAUUUCAUUGCACUAGCACCGGACGAAGCGGAUAUUUAUAACUUUUCCAACAAUCUCAUCAACUCGGUGGAUAAUGCUGCUGGUGGUGGAGGCCGUGGCGGUGGAUCCGAGAAUGCAAAUGAACUGAAUCCGUUUAAUGAAUUUCUUAAUCCUCGGCACUCGUCGCACCAGCAGCAGCAACAGCAUCGACGGAUGCAGGGAAAGCAACAGCUGCCGGAAGAUCCUUGGGGUUUGGAUCUGGACGAGCAGUUGCCACCCCCGGAGGAAGCUCAGCCAGAGGAGGAGGAGGCGGAUAACGAGGUGGAAAAGAGCAAAUAUCUGCCGAGUGGUUCCAGUCUUGAGCCAGUGAACCGAAGCCAACAGCCGGCUGGUGGGAGUCCACUGAUGGCAAGCAGUAUCGAUUUCCUCAACUCCAUCGACGGUGGCUAUCUGCUGUCGAACGGGAUUAUCGACGAGAAAGGCACCAAAUUGAUAGAUGAUAGUGGCCUGUCGACGUUGAAACCGGAUGGUACCGGAAAUGAUGACGGGGUUGACGGAGGUGGAGGGGAAGAUGUAAGCGAUGAUGACAUUUUCGAACAGAUGCAGAAGAAAGCCAAAUCCUAUCGGUUGAAACUGUACAAGAAGCACAAAAACUUCAAGCACAGCCAUCACCAUCGAGGCGGAUACUACCAUCCGAUGUAUCAGCAUCAUCACCAUCACUACUCUCGGCAAAAAAUGCUCGAACGGGAACGUGAUCGUUGGAAGCAAAUACAAGAGCCACCGAUGACCAAGGUAACCAACCAAGGCCAGGUUCGAUACUAUCAAAGCACCAACAAACUGGAGACAAAAGAAGACAUUAAGGCACAUCUCGAUGGCCACUCCACCAGCCGCGAGCAGUGGCCCUAUUUCGAUAAGGUUAUAAACUCCCUGAACAAGGACCAACAGCAGGACCACGUGCCACCGUUCAUAAAGAAGUACAAUCGUCGGACUCAGCAGUUGAUUGAUUUGUUGGAGGGAACCAUUGCUCCGAUGUCGGAGUACGGCCAACGUCAUCACGAAAGGAAGUAUAACCGAAGGAAAAAUCCCCUGGAAGACCUGUUUGAAGAACAGCGCCCCAGCCCAAAUAAUCUUGGACUGCAGCGGAACUACAUCCAGGAAACGAUACAAUCUUCAACCGCACACUCGAAUUCACUUCCGGGCGAAGGAAUCCACAUCAUCUACGACAAGAAGCACAUGGAUGAUGGCCAUGCCUACGGGCAUCCGACAAUGGCUGCCGAUCAUCCCUACAAACUUUCCUCCCGAGCUGGCCAGUUCGUUUACCACCGGGUGGCUUCCCCACAGCCCGUGGGAAACGGAUACGGUCGCUUAAAGCGCCAGCGACUUCCAUUCGUGGCGAUAACCGAUCGCCGCCUGGGAUCCCCUCCGAAGCGUCGCCCCAACAACAGCAUCUCCAGCAGCAGCAGCAACAGCAACUCCGGCAGCAACAAUCUACUGAAUCACCAACCGAUGCCUUAAGCUAAGCACACACACACACACACACUCUGACACAAACAUGAACACCACUCUAUGAAAUCUCGAUGAAAACAAAAACACACAACACUCUCUGCGGUCCCGGCUCGGCGCCGGGAUACGCGUUCAAGGCAGCUGCUCCUUUCUAGAAACCUCGCUUUCUAGAAAAGACACAUACACUUUUCGUUUUGUGUUUCUUUCCAUUGCUACGGCAAUUUUCUUGCGAGAUAUAAUGAAACUAAACUAAUGACACAGCAGAAGAAAAAAAAACACUCACCCCCGGGAGCUGUCCUUCGCUUGUUGAUUCGCCGCCACUGCCACCACCGUCACAAAAGCCACGCACUCGUCUCUGCCUAUCGAACAGUGCUUGAUUACACUCAUCCACCUCGACGUGGCACUUCCGAAAAUUGCCGAUUGCAAAAGAAAAUCUCCACAACAAUAGGUACCUACAAGUGUCACUUUUCUUCCUCCUGGCACCAAAGCGAGAUCGGAUUCACUUUUCCUCCCUGCCCCUGCUGCGAUCGACGAGACUUGCUUUGUUCGAUUUGACGAGCGCCCUCUGACAUAGACGCCGAGAAAAGUGGGUGGGUGGGGAGUGAGCGAGCGCAUUCAAUGAACUGGUAUAACUGUUCGAAAAAUAAAUGCAGCGUUAAAACUGAUGAGAGCCAUAAUGAUUUCCGAUUCGAGAGUUGUGCACUGUGCAGACGUGCAAGUAGGGAAGGGGAGGGUGUAGAAGCGAAUGCGGUGUGGAUAAAUUGUUCGCUAUUCUUCUGUCACUACAGGUGAAGCUUUGACUCGACAGCAUUCUUCAGGCAGUAAUCGGGCAUUGUGUCGUUCUGAUUGUGUGUGUGUAUGAGUGAGUAAUCGGAAGUUUCUGCUUCGCUUGCGAGAUACAAGUAUGACAGUGGUAGCUGCAUGGGUGGAAGGGAAUAAAGGAAGAAUUGCGCUAAAAGGGAACAGUUCUGAAAAUUCUUGUAAUUUGUCAUC